AUGAAUAUAUUUAGAUUAAAUAGACAAAGAGGUGACGAAGAAGAACUUUUGAAUUCAAUACCUGGUGGUUUUCCCACAAUAAACGUAUCUAAUUCAAGUAACAAUAACACCACUCAGUCACAGGAUGUUCCACCUGCAAAUAAUAGUACAACAAGUUUUCUAAGAAUAGUUUUACAAAUUCCUUUGUACAUUCUUUAUUAUUUGGUUACGAUUAUAUUGACGAUUCUUUCAUUGUUGAAACCGAUUCUAAAUUUUAAUAAACUUUAUGCUCAUUGUCAUAGACAAUAUUAUGAUUAUAAUACAAAUAUGAAAGUUUUAUUAGACCAAAUUUCAAAUGAAGAUGUUCAUAAUGAUUUACAUUUAGGAUCAUCAAAUUACACAUUUGGCUCAGUAUAUAAUUCCGAGACAUCUGUGAUUCCAGCUCAAUUGAUCCAAAACAGUUACCUAGCGUUAUUAGAGAAUUGCUCAUCUGAAUGUAAAUUCGGUUUAAUAUAUCUACAUAAUCCAUUACUCUGUGAUAAGAUGAGUUAUGUGAAGCAUAUCCUUUGUUCUCCAAGAGUUAUUAAUUGUAUUAAAAGUUAUCAGAUGUUACUUUGGUUUGGUGAUGUCACUACAUCGGAAGGGUUGCAAGUAUCCAAUGCUUUAAAGGUACGUAAAUUCCCUUAUUUCGGUAUAUUGUCUAGGAGAAGUAAUGAAACUGCAGAGAUUAUAUUCAAUUUUAAUGGUCCUAUUGAAGAGUUUAAUCCACGAGAUUUAGAGUCUGUGCUUGUUCAAAAAUAUCCUGAUCUAUUGCAGAUGAUUGAACAAAGACAAAACAUAGAAAGAGAUAGACUAAUCAGGCAACAACAAGAUGAGAGAUUCAGACAGUCACUUUUACAUGAUCAAGCAAGAGAACGCCAACGAAAUGAGGCACUUCGUAGAGAGCAAGAACAAAGAGAUCAAGAAUUAUUAAAGAGGCAGUGGUUAUUGUGGAGAAAAAGUCAAUUACAUCCGGAACCUACUAGAUCACAAGCACAAGAUAUAAGUAGAAUAGCCAUUAAAAUGAAUAAUUUUCAUAAUAAUAGUUCUAGAAUAGUAAGAAAUUUUGAUCCAACAUUACCUAUCGAGGAAAUCUAUGCGUUUGUUGAAUUGACACAAAAUAAUAUUAUGGAGUCAGGAGAUCGUUAUGAAUAUGGAGACAAUCCACCAAAUGGAUAUCAACAUCAAUAUAAGUUUAAACUGAUCAUACCUGUUCCAAGGAAGGAACUUGUUCCAUCAACACUCAUUGGGAAUGAGCCUGGAAUAUAUCCAUCGGGUAACAUUAUUGUUGAAUCUAUAUAA